ACAUUUUCGUUUUUAUUCACUGUUAGACCAUUGGUUCGCAGUUCCGAUUGACACCAAAACCAUCACGUUAGCAAACUCUGUCCUUUUCUUCUCAUAGUUCAACAUUGCUGUUGAAUUCAAAAGCUUUGUUUGGUUCUCCAGUUCUUGAUUCAUGGAACGUGCUCGGCGGCUCGCGAACCGGGCUCUGCUCAGGCGCCUGGUUUCGGACUCCAAGCAGCACUGCCCCAAUGGAUCCUUGAUGAGUUCAUCAUCUCCGGUAUCGAAUUCGCCUUCUAGGUAUGUCUCAUCACUGUCUCCCUAUGUUUUUCAUGGAAAAAGUACUAGAUCAGAUGUGUUACUAGGGAGGAAUGUGUCACACAAUGUUGGUAGUUUUGGUAUUGGGUCUCAAACUCGAUCAAUAUCGGUUGAGGCUUUAAAAUCUAGUGAUACUUUCCCUCGACGCCAUAACUCGGCAACCCCUGAAGAACAAACCCAAAUGGCUGAGUUUUGUGGUCACUCGAGUCUUGAUUCGUUAAUAGAUGCCACAGUACCUAAAUCGAUUCGUGUUGAUUCAAUGAAGUUUUCUAAGUUUGAUGAUGGGUUGACAGAGUCUCAAAUGCUUGAGCACAUGAAAAUGUUAGCUUCUCAGAAUAAGGUUUUUAAGUCAUUUAUUGGAAUGGGAUAUUACAACACCUAUGUUCCCCCUGUUAUUUUGAGGAACAUUAUGGAAAAUCCGGGUUGGUAUACCCAAUACACUCCGUAUCAGGCUGAGAUUGCGCAGGGACGUCUCGAGUCUCUGCUCAAUUUUCAGACCCUGGUUACGGAUCUUACUGGCCUACCCAUGUCAAACGCUUCCUUGCUUGAUGAAGGAACUGCUGCGGCAGAGGCAAUGGCUAUGUGUAAUAAUAUACAAAAGGGGAAGAAGAAAACUUUUUUUAUUGCCAGCAACUGCCACCCGCAGACAAUUGAUGUAUGCAAGACUAGAGCUGACGGUUUUGAUCUUAAAGUAGUUGUUGCUGACCUCAAAGACUUUGAUUACAAAUCUGGUGAUGUUUGUGGGGUUCUGGUUCAGUAUCCCGGAACUGAGGGUGAAGUUUUGGAUUAUGGGGAGUUCGUAAAGAAUGCUCACGCUAAUGGGGUCAAAGUUGUUAUGGCAAGUGAUCUCUUGGCAUUGACAAUGUUGAAGCCUCCUGGUGAAUUGGGGGUAGAUAUUGUUGUUGGCUCGGCUCAGAGAUUCGGGGUUCCAAUGGGUUAUGGAGGUCCUCAUGCAGCAUUCCUGGCCACAUCUCAAGAGUACAAGAGGAUGAUGCCAGGAAGAAUUAUUGGCGUCAGUGUUGAUUCUUCAGGAAAGCCUGCUCUACGUAUGGCAAUGCAGACAAGGGAGCAACAUAUCCGGAGGGACAAAGCUACGAGCAACAUUUGCACUGCUCAGGCAUUGCUUGCAAAUAUGGCUGCGAUGUAUGCUGUUUACCAUGGACCUGAAGGCCUCAAGACUAUUGCGCAACGGGUCCAUGGUCUUGCCGGGACAUUUGCAGCUGGACUUAAGAAACUGGGAACAGUGGAAGUUCAGGGGCUUCCUUUCUUUGACACUGUGAAGGUUAAGUGUGCUGAUGCAAAGGCAAUUGCUGAUGCAGCUUACAAGAGUGAGAUGAACUUGCGGAUUGUUGACCAUAACACUAUUACCAUUUCUUUUGAUGAAACAACUACAUUAGAAGAUGUGGAUAAGCUAUUUAAAGUUUUUGCAUGUGGAAAGCCUGUGCCAUUCACUGCUGCAUCUCUUGCACCAGAGGUUCAGAAUGUAAUCCCUGCUGGGCUUACAAGGCAGAGCCCAUAUCUGACUCACUCGAUCUUUAACUCGUACCAUACGGAGCAUGAACUGCUUAGAUACAUUCAUAAAUUACAAUCAAAGGAUCUCUCAUUGUGCCACAGCAUGAUUCCCCUGGGAUCUUGUACAAUGAAGUUGAAUGCAACAACAGAAAUGAUGCCUGUGACGUGGCCUAGCUUUGCCGACAUCCACCCUUUUGCCCCUACUGAACAGGCUAAGGGUUAUCAGGAAAUGUUUAACGAUUUGGGUGAACUGUUGUGUACCAUCACUGGAUUUGACUCUUUUUCAUUGCAACCUAAUGCUGGUGCUGCUGGAGAGUAUGCUGGAUUGAUGGUUAUUCGUGCAUAUCAUAUGGCAAGAGGAGACCAUCACCGCGAUGUAUGUAUCAUACCUGUCUCUGCACAUGGAACAAAUCCUGCAAGUGCUGCUAUGUGCGGAAUGAAAAUUGUUGCUGUUGGCACUGAUGCCAAGGGAAAUAUCAACAUUGAAGAGUUAAGGAAGGCUGCUGAAGCAAACAAGGAUAAGCUGUCUGCUCUUAUGGUUACUUAUCCUUCGACUCACGGAGUUUAUGAAGAAGGUAUUGAUGAGAUAUGUAAGAUAAUCCAUGACAAUGGAGGUCAGGUUUACAUGGAUGGAGCCAACAUGAAUGCGCAGGUGGGUCUGACAAGUCCCGGUUGGAUUGGGGCUGAUGUUUGCCAUCUCAAUCUCCAUAAAACAUUCUGCAUUCCACAUGGCGGAGGAGGUCCUGGAAUGGGUCCUAUUGGUGUGAAGAAGCACUUGGCACCGUUUUUGCCAUCGCAUCCUGUGGUACCUACUGGAGGUAUACCAGCCCCUGACAAGAUGCAGCCACUUGGUACCAUUGCUGCUGCACCUUGGGGUUCUGCACUUAUUUUGCCAAUAUCAUAUACCUACAUUGCCAUGAUGGGAUCUAAGGGACUUACAGAGGCAUCAAAGAUAGCUAUCUUGAAUGCAAACUACAUGGCAAAACGUUUGGAGAGCCACUACCCCAUUCUUUUCCGUGGUGUGAAUGGAACAGUUGCCCAUGAAUUCAUUGUUGAUUUGAGGGGCUUCAAGAAUACUGCUGGGAUAGAGCCUGAAGAUGUGGCCAAACGUCUUAUGGACUAUGGAUUUCAUGGACCAACUAUGUCAUGGCCAGUUCCAGGCACACUUAUGAUUGAACCCACUGAAAGUGAAAGCAAGGCAGAGUUAGACAGGUUUUGUGAUGCUCUUAUCUCCAUUAGGGAAGAAAUUGCACUGAUUGAGAAAGGAAAAGCUGAUAUUAACAACAAUGUUCUCAAGGGAGCUCCUCAUCCACCGUCAUUGCUCAUGGCAGAUGCAUGGACAAAACCAUACUCUCGCGAAUAUGCAGCCUUCCCUGCUCCUUGGCUCAGAUCCUCCAAAUUCUGGCCUACCACAGGACGCGUCGACAAUGUGUAUGGGGACCGCAACCUCAUCUGCACUCUUCUCCCGGUGUCACAGAUGGUUGAAGAAGAAGCUGCAGCUACUGCUUAAGCUUCAGCUGUGUACUGCAUUCUGGAAAGUUCAAACGCCGACAUGAAGCAUUCCUCCUUCCUCCUCUUGUUGUAUAUAAACUAUUAUAUCAUACGCUUCUUUACGGCUUCUUUCGUUCAUCUAGAAUAUUGAUAAUCAGCUGCUCUAAUUACAGUAGUAGCUAAUUAUUCUCAAACAAAAAAGAAAAUAAAAAAAAAAAGGGAAGAAAAAAAGAAAAUAAAAGAAAAAAUGUAAGUAAUUGCAACUCAGAUGUUGUAAUUGUCGAUGUUUUUUUCUUUGAUCUCUCUAGGUUCUUAAUUGAUAGACGAUAGUUGGUUGGCAUUCAUAUCCUUUGUCGGAUGGAAGAAAAGAAACUUUCAUUCUUAGUUCUAAUUAAAUAUUCGAUAGUGUUUAUUAAGUAAAAA